AUGCCCCAAUCACGCCUCUUCGAGCCCCUCAAGAUAGGUGGCAUGGAAGUAAAAAAUCGAAUCGGAAUGGCACCACUCACUCGCUUCCGAGCAACCGAAGACCGAGUGCCAACACUCCUCAUGAAGGAAUACUACGGCCAACGCGCCGCAGUGCCCGGUACCUUGAUCAUCUCCGAGGGAACCUUCAUAUCAGCAACCUGUGGCGGAUUUUCACACGCACCAGGGCUUUGGCGCGAGGACCAAGUCGCUGCCUGGAAGAUCAUUACCGACGAAGUUCACCGCAAGGGAUGUUUCAUAUUCUGUCAAAUAUUUGCCAUGGGACGUGCCGCGGAUGUCGAUGUAGCCAGGAAAGAAGGCAACGAGAUCGUAGCUCCUAGUGCUAUCCCCAUGGAAGAAGGAGCUGUGAUUCCCAGGGCCAUGACAACCGAUGAGGUCAAGCAGACAAUCCAGGAACAUGUCGAUGCUUCAAAGAACGCUAUCCGGGCCGGGUUUGAUGGAGUUGAGAUCCAUGGUGCGAAUGGAUACUUGCUCGACCAAUUUAUCCAAGACGUCAGCAACAAUCGGGACGAUGAGUACGGCGGGAAUGUGGAGAAUAGGUCUCGACUUCUUGACGAGAUUCUCAAAGCUGUUGCUCAUGCCAUCGGUCCUGAACGUAUCGGACUUCGACUGAGCCCCUGGAGUACGUUUCAGGGCAUGAGAAUGCAAGAUCCAAUCCCGCAGUUUACAGAUGUGAUCGCCAAAGCCAGACAGGCGGAUAUUGCAUAUCUUCAUCUCGUUGAAUCGCGAACGUCUGGUUCCCAGGAUUGCAGUGGUAGUGACACACUGGAUUUUGCAUACGAUUUAUGGGACAGACCAUUUCUUGUUGCUGGUGGUUAUGAAUCUAAUGAGGCCCGUCAAUUGGUGGACGAGAAGCAUCCAGACAAGGAUAUCGUCGUUGUAUUUGGUCGGCACUUUAUCUCCAAUCCGGAUCUGAUAUUCAGGAUUCAAAAGGGUCUGGCGCUCAAUGCGUACGACAGAGGCACUUUUUAUGUCUUUGAGUCACCCGUGGGUUAUUCGGAUUACCCAUUCAGCAAAGAGUACCUGGUGAGCGAGACAUGCUCCUAG